UUUAAUAGAAAUUUAAAAAAUAUCAUUUAAAAUGUAGGUUGGUGCCAAAACAGUAGCUCUGGUUGAUUUGCUAUUGUCACUUGGAGCAAGUGAACUACAUCAUUUCAGUGGAACGUUGUGUUGGAUGAACAUUGGUGUCUUGUAUUGUGCAAAUCUGCACACAAUACAGAAACUGAUGGAUAACAACAGCCAGUACUGUUAAUGUCAUGUUAUGCUGGGUGUUCUAAACAUAAUUUUACAUGCAAAACUUACAGUAUAUGGAUGCGACAGGUGACCACUUUCAAUAUCUUCUAUGAUGGUGAUGCCAAUGGUUGGCUUCUGUUUAUUGCUGUAUUAUUCUAUGUUUCUGCAAAAAUAUGGACCAGAGCUACUUUUUUGUGUGUGAAUCUAUGUUUAUUAUAUUUUUUGAUGAUUAAUUUAUACAUCAGUAUAUUAAUGUUUUCAAUUAUUGUAUUCCAGGUGAUAUCUAAUCUUGCCCACAGCAUCAUAUAUACUUUGCUUUCUGGAUUAUUAUCUCAUUUUGAAAUUAACACAUUAGGAAAAAUUCAGCAUUUAUGCCAGUUAGCUGAAUCUAUGUUAAAAUAUUCAAACAUAGCAGAUGAUUUUUGGAAAAAAGGACUUGAUAGUGGGCUUGGAAUUUUAAUGACUGCUGUAAUGGAUAUGUUUCCUUUAGAAUUUAAUCUGUUGAUCAAAUUGUGUACUGCUCUUAGUCAAGCUGGAGAAAACAGUAGUAGAAAGGUUAUUCAGUUUUUUGAAAAACUACCGGGAUACACAGAAUAUUUGGAAAAUAAUAUGGAGUCAGUAGUUCCAAGAACGUCAUCCUGGAUACUUUUAGAAGAUAAGAAACCAUAUGGUACAGGUGAGAUGAAUAUUAUUGUAAAAUAUUAAUUUUUUCUAUUUAGAAAUCUGUAAAAUUUUGUUUUAAUCAUAUUACUUUUAUUUUUAUAUUGUAUUAUUG